AUGCAUAUCAGAAUAAUGAGUCUUCAGCAAGAUUUAAUUUAUCUCUUGAAUCAGAUUUGCUCAACGAGGAUGAUAAUAGUGGGAGUAAUUACCUAAAACUGCCAAGCAAAAUUAAUAUUCACCAAAGAUUUAACUCGACUAAAAGAAGUGAAGUCGGUCUAUGAUAGUCUUCACUAGAGCAUAAUACUUAAGAUGACAGACGAGAACUACAUUAGAAAAGAAUAUAGAACUCAAUAUUCAGAGACUUUUUAAAUGAAUAGAGCACAAGCAAUAUAGAGAUUUCGAAACCUUCUUAAAUAUCCUAAUCAAUUCCUAAACAUUAACUUGAACCCAAGCAUGAAAAAAAUUAUGAAAAACGUUGACACAAAACCCAAAACUAUCACAAUGGAUGGAAGUUUAGAGACCACAGUUGAAAAAAAUAAUAAAAGCCUACCACCUCUGCAGUUAUCUUAGAUUUAGAGCUCCAUUCAAAAAAUUAGGUCAAAUCGUAAAACUCCAAUCUUGUAAACUGAAUUUAAUUACAUUAGCUCAAACAGGCUUAGAAAUAAUGCAUCAGCUUUGACUUCAAAUCCAUAUAGAGAUGAAAAUAUUUCUGCUGGCAGGGGAUCUCCUCAACUUUCAGAUAGAGUUCAGAUUGACAUAAGGAAAAUCGUAGACAAAUGCACAAAUUAUCAAGAUCAGCUGAAAUCUACAUAUUUUGCAAGGUAAAAUGAAACAAAUCCAAAUUAUAGAGACAUUGAUGAGUUGAUUUUCCAAGAGAAGAUUAAAUAAGAGAGACUUAUCAAAGUCACAGAUGACAUCAAAUUCUUAAGCGAUCAAAGGCCUGAAUUGGUAAAAACAAUAUUCAAAGAAAAUUAGCUAUCGUAUUAAUAGGCUUGCGAAUCUGAAACUAAGACAGUUAAAGACUACUAAAAUAGACAACUUGAUACUAAACUUUUAAACUUCUUAGAUAGGAGAGGAAGGAAGAAUUAAAUUGUUAAAUUAAUGUCAAUUCCAAAAAUAUUGAUAACCCCCAGCAAAUAGCAUAAUAGAAUUGCCUCUCCUUAAUCAUAUGUCGAUCGUGAAAUAGUUGGCCAUGACUUAAUUUCCGUUAGAUCUGAGAGAUAAAAAGACUAAAGAAUUGAUAACAUCAUUAGAAUUUUGAAGAAAGAUCCUGAUAAAAGAUAAAACUCUGAGAUUCAGUCAAUAACUCCCUUUUUUAAGGAAAUCGACUUCUUUAAGGAAAAGGAUAUCAAAGACAACUAUUUUAACGAUAUAGUCUAAGCACUAAAAUAUGAAAAGUUUUCUUAAGGUGAAUAUGUAUUCAGAAAUGGCGACAUCGGAGAUUAAUUCUAUAUAAUUUUGUAUGGAAGUGUCUCAGUAUAAAUUCCAUAUUUUGUGGAUUAGAAAGGAUCAGUGGCAAGAAGCAUCAUAUCAGGUAGAAUAUCGGCUCGAGAAUCAGAGUCCUCCAAGAAAGAGAAGGAAUAGCAGAAAAUAUAAGAAAAAGAUGUAAAAGGAAAAGCUAAAACAAAGAAAUCUUAGUUUGAAGGUAAAGUCUCAUCCUCUUAUCAAGAAGAUGAUGAUGAUGAGGAUUCUGAAAGAACAGAUUUAAAGAAGGACAAUUUUCCAAUUAUGAUAAUGGAUCUUGAGAAACGAAAUUCAAAAAUCUCAAAAGAAAUAGCAUAAACAGCACAUCCAUUGAGAAAAUAAGUCUUUUCAAAUGAAACAAACUAAUUAUCCUAUGAUCAUAAUAUUCUAGGUGCAAAGAGAUAUAGCCAAGCCUCAUCAAAAACCCCCAUUCCUUAUAAAAAUGCAUCUGUCAGAUUAAAAGUUGAAUCAGAGAGAUACCAAACUGAAGUCAAGAAACUGUGCUCUGGAAGUGGUUUUGGAGAGCUAGCUCUAAAAUCAAGUAAACCUAGAUAAGCAAGCAUAUAAUGUCUUGAGUCAUGUGAAUUCGCUACAAUGUAAAAGAAAGAUUACCUAAAGAUAUUAGCUAAAAUAGAUGAUAAAUCAAAGGAAGAGCUCAUAAGUUUUUUUCAAUCUACCCCUUAUUUUGGACACUGGUCUAGAUCAAUGAUCUUGAAAUUGUUAGAGGGAGAGUUUGAAGUUACUAAAAAAAUCAAGAAAGAUUUAAGAGUCGAUUUAGAUUAUUCCUAAUUCAUUAAACUUGAUGAGAAUGGAGAGAAAUUGAAGUAACAUCAUUCUUAAUUACUUCCUGAGUCAGUCCAAAAUAUUAUGAGUUCUAUGGAAUUAGGCAUAGAGUAAAUUGAAGAUGGAACUGUAAAAAGCCCAAAGAAAAUUUCUAAAGCUAAAAAGUAAUAGCAAGCUUAGGAGUUUGAGAAAAAAUAGAAGUUCGUACCAAAGUACAAUCCAGAAGAGUUAGUUUUCCCAAGAAAAACUCAAAAUAAAUUGACUUAAUAAAAAACACAUAUAACUAAAUUUUUAUUUCUGGGACCAGGUUAAAUUUUUGGAGAAGAGAGUAUGAUAAUCCAAGUGCCUUCAUUAUAUUCAGUAAGAUGCAGAUCAGCUGCAGGGGAGAUCUUUAUCAUUAAUGAGCUGGAAUUCGGAAGAAGAAUAAGAUCUAAUGACCUGUCUAUGAAAAUAAUUGAGUAAAACUGUGAUUAAAAAGCAAAGUAAGUAGCUAAAGCUUUGCUGACAAGCAAUUCUUAUCUCAAUUAAGACAUUGAUUCUAAGGGAACUUUCAUGGUGUAUUAAUAAGAAAAGAACAAUGAAAAAAUUACUCCUAGAAAUAUUUAGCCAAAGUAGCAGCUGAAAAGUCAAAAUACUUAAUCUCAAUAUCCUAAGAUCAGAUCGUAAGAACUUGUGAUAGAUGAUUUAGACCAAUAAUUUAAAGAGGAAAAAAAAGAUUAGCUACUUAGCUAUGAGCUUCAAAGGAUAUAAUCUCAAGGUUCAACAGGUAACAAGCCUGUUAGUCCAUCAAUGGCAAGAACUCCAUCUUAAGUGGAUAGAGAUAAUAAGUAAAUGCAAUUGUAUCAAAUUUCGAAGAGCACUACAAAGAAAGUAGUUCAAACAAAUGCCUUGCUAAAUAAAAGAGAACUUGACUACAGACAUACUAUGAAAGAAAUGGUUAAUCAAUAUCCAUCGCAAAUUAAGGAUAUAGUUGAGGGUCCAGAGGAUGAAAAGCAAAAGGAUCCUCAGGUCUCAUUUUAAGAGUAACUUGCACAGUCCCUGUCAAAAAGUAAUAAUAAGAGAGAGUUAAUUAACAUAUUAAAAAGAAAAUUAGUAAAUGCAGUUGAGUCAAAUCAUUAAGAUCACUUGAAGCUUUUGGAUAAAUUCCUACAAUCAAAGAUUGUUAAGAGGUACACUUAGGCCUAAAAGAAACAUUACUUGAGUUCUAAAGUAGCAGAUGCUAUCGAGACCAAUGAGGGGUAUAAUCAAUUUAUAGAGAUUGCAGAUAAGAUAAAGCAGCAUUUGACUGAAUCCAAGGAUAGAUCUUAUAGAAAUUAAUCGAAAACACCAAUCAAACAAGUGAGAAUUCAUAGUGCUAAGCCGAAUAAUAAUCUCUUAUUUGCUUAAAGUCAUCAGAAAAAUACUACCUAUAAUAACUAUGGAAUAAAAGAUCAGAGAACUAGUUCAAGAAGAUAUGAAUCAAAUAAACCUAAUGCCCGAGUUAGUCUCGACUAUGCCCCUCAUUUCUAAGCAUCAAUUGUUUAAGAACAAGAUGUGAGUAGCUUAAUUGGUAGUAAUCCAACUUCCCCUAUUUUUUCACAGAGGCAAAUUCAUACAAAUACAGCUUAGACUAAUAGGUUUAAUGGAAUUAACUUGGAAUCGUAGACUCAUAAUAGAGCCAUGACAUUUAUACAUCCUUAUACCAAUUCCAAGAGAACUGGAACUGCAAGCAAAGACUUUAACUCAGUCUUCAAGCAUUUUCUUGACACUUCUAAUAAGUAUAUGUCGGUUGCUCAGACUAUGAGAAAGUCUCCAGCUCAUAAUACUAACUAUAGUGUGAUUAGGAAAGCUAUGCCAAAUACUCCUUUUACAAAUUCUAUCCAUAUAUCUAAUGUAAGCACCAACAAUAUUUUUUCAAAGGGAGGAAUAAUUGGCUCGGCAUAAUCAAUUCACGCCUCAGCCAAUAUGAACAGGUCAAGCAAUUUCUCAAGCAACAUUAUAAAACCAUUUUCCAGAGAGUCGAAUGUAAUGGAUAAGUAGAACAUUGAAAUGAGCAGAGCCAAUGCAAUAAAUCCACUUAAUAAAUCCAUGAAUGCUUAGGUCUAUAAUUAAUGA